UUACUGAAAUUGUUACUGUCGAAGAAGAUGGGAAGCCACCUGUCACUACAGUUUACGAAGUUCCUGUCGAAGAUAUGCUUGAGGAGACUUGUCUUUUACCGGUUGCUGAAGAAAAGACGUCUGAAGACGAAAUCACAGAACGAGUUACUGUAUCAGAAACUUUAACGCCUAAUGGCAAGAACGUUAAAAUUACAAAGAAGACGCUUUCGAGACAAGGGGGCAAGAAGCAGCAAGUGACUGAAAUUGUCACAGUCGAAGAAGAAGGAAAAUCUCCUGUUACGACUGUUUACGAAGUACCAGAAGAAGUUAGGUUUGACGAAACAACCAGUCUUCUUCCUGUAACAGAGUACGAGACACCUGCAGAAAGUGAGGAGGUAAAGGAACAAGUGACUGUGGUCCAAGAAACAACGCCUGAAGGCAAAGACGUGAAAAUAACAAAGAAGAAAGUGACGCACAAAAAAGGCAAAAAACAACAAGUUACUAAAAUAGUCACUGUCGAAGAAGACGGGAAGCCACCUAUCACUACAGUUUACGAAGUUCCUGUCAAAAAUAUGCUUGAGGAGACAACUUGUCAUUUACCGGUUGCUGAAGAAAAGACGUCUAAAGACGUAAUCACAGAACGGGUUACUGUAUCAGAAACUUUAACGCCUGAUGGCAAGGACGUUACAAUUACAAAGAAGACGCUUUCGAGACAAACGGGCGAGAAGCAGCAAGUGACUGAAAUUGUCACAGUCGAAGAAGAAGGAGAAUCUCCUGUUACAACUGUUCACGAAGUACGAAAUGAAAAUGUGUUAGACGAAACAACUGGUCUCCUUCCUGUAACAGAGUACGAGACACCUGCAAAAAGUAAGGAGAUAAAGGAACAAGUGACAGUGGUCCAUAAAACAACGCCUGAAGGCAAAGACGUAAAAACAACAAAAAAAAAAGUGACGCACAAAAAAGGCAAAAAACAACAAGUAACAGAGAUUGUCACGGUCGAAGAAGAAGGAAAGCCACCUGUCACUACAGUUUACGAAGUUCCUGUUCAAGACAUGCUUGAGAAGACAACUUGUCUUUUACCGGUUGCUGGAACGGAGCCGACUGAAGACGUGAUAACAGAACAGAUUACUGUAUUAGAAACUCCAACGCCAGAUUGCAAAGACGUUAAAAUUACAAAAAAGACACUCACGAGACAAAGAGGCAAGAAGCAGCAAGUGACCAAAAUUGUUACAGUUGAAGAAGAAGGAAAAUCUCCUGUUACGACUGUUCAUGAAGUACCAGAAGAAGUUUUGUUUGACGAAACAACUGGUCUCCUUUCUGUAACAGAGUACGAGACACCUGCAAAAAGUGAGGAGGUAAAGGAACAAGUGACGGUGGUCCAAGAAACAACGCCUGAAGGCAAAGACGUGAAAACAACAAAGGAGAAGGUGACGCAUAAAAAAGGCAAAAAACAACAAGUAACAGAGAUUGUCACGGUCAAAGGAAAAGGAAAGCAACCUGUCACUACAGUUCAAGAAGUUCCUGUCAAAGAUACGCUUGAGGAGACAACUUGUCUUUUACCGGUUGCUGAAGAAAAGACGCCUGAAGACGUAAUCACAGAACGGGUUACUGUAUCAGAAACUUUAACACCUAAUGGCAAGGACGUUAAAAUUACAAACAAGACACUCACAAAAAAAAGGGGCAAGAAGCAGCAAGUGACCGAAAUUGUUACCGUCGAAGAAGAAGGAAAAUCUCCUGUUACGACUGUUUAUAAAGUACCAGAAGAAGUUGUGUUCGACGACACAACUGGUAUCCUUCUUGUACCAGAGUACGAGACACCUGCAGAAAGUAAAGAUGUAAGGGAACGAGUGACUGAGGUCCAAGAAAAAACGCCUGAAGGCAAAGACGUGAAAACAACAAAGGAGAAGGUGACGCAUAAAAAAGGCAAAAAACAACAAAUAACAGAGAUUGUCACGGUCGAAGAAAAAGGAAAGCAACCUGUCACUACAGUUCAAGAAGUUCCUGUCAAAGAUACGCUUGAGGAGACAACUUGUCUAUUACCGGUUGCUGAAGAAAAGACGUCUGAAGACGUAAUCACAGAACAGGUUACUGUAUCAGAAACUUUAACGCCUGAUGGCAAGGACGUUAAAAUAACAAAGAAGACACUUACAAAAAAAAGAGGCAAGAAGCAGCAAGUGACCGAAAUUGUUACCGUUGAAGAAGAAGGAAAAUCUCCUGUUACAACUGUUCACGAAGUAACAAAUGAAAGUGUGUUGGACGAAACAACUGGUCUCCUUCCUGUAACAAAGUACGAGACACCUGCAGAAAGUGAGGAGGUAAAAGAACAAGUGACAGUGGUGCAAGAAACAACGCCUGAAGGCAAAGACGUAAAAAUAACAAAGAAAAAAGUGACGCACAAAAAAGGCAAAAAACAACAAGUAACUAAAAUUGUUACUGUCGAAGAAGAUGGGAAGCCACCUGUCACUACAGUUUACGAAGUUCCUGUCGAAGAUAUGCUUAAGGAAACUUGUCUUUUACCGGUUGCUGAAGAAAGGACGUCUGAAGACGAAAUCACAAAACGGGUUACUGUAUCAAAAACUUUAACGCCUGAUGGCAAAGACGUCAAAAUUACAAAGAAGACGCUUUCGAGACGAAGGGGCAAGAAGCAGCAAGUGACUGAAAUUGUCACAGUCGAAGAAGAAGGAAAAUCUCCUGUUACAACUGUUCACGAAGUAUCGAAUGAGAAUGUGUUGGACGAAACAAAUGGUCUCCUUCUUGUAACAGAGUACAAGACACCUGCAGAAAGUGAGGAGGUAAAAGAACAAGUGACAGAGGUCCAUGAAACAACGCCUGAAGGCAAAGACGUGAAAAUAUCAAAGAGGAAAGUGACGCACAAAAACGGCAAAAAGCAACAAGUUACUGAAAUAGUCACUGUCGAAGAAGAAGGAAGAUCUUCUAUUACAACUGUUCACGAAGUACCAAAUGAAAAUGUGUUGGACGAAACAACUGGUCUCCUUCCUGUAACAGAGUACAAGACACCUACAGAAAGUGAGGAGGUAAAGGAACAAGUGACAGUGGUCCAUGAAACAACGCCUGAAGGCAAAGACGUGAAAAUAUCAAAGAAGAAAGUGACGCACAGAAAGGGCAAAAAACAACAAGUUACUGAAAUUGUCACUGUCGAAGAAGAUAAGAAGCCACCUGUCACUACAGUUUACGAAGUUCCUGUCGAAGAUAUGCUUGAGAAAACUUGUCUUUUACCGGUUGCUGAAGAAAAGACGUCUGAAGACGAAAUCACAGAACGGGUUACUGUAUCAGAAACUUUAACGCCUGAUGGCAAGGAAGUUAAAAUUACAAACAAGACACUUACAAAAAAAAGGGGCAAGAAGCAGCAAGUGACCGAAAUUGUUACCGUUGAAGAAGAAGGAAAAUCUUCUGUUACAACUGUUCACGAAGUAACAAAUGAAAGUGUGUUGGACGAAACAACUGGUCUCCUUCCUGUAACAAAGUACGAGACACCUGCAGAAAGUGAGGAGGUAAAAGAACAAGUGACAGUGGUGCAAGAAACAACGCCUGAAGGCAAAGACGUAAAAAUAACAAAGAAAAAAGUGACGCACAAAAAAGGCAAAAAACAACAAGUAACUAAAAUUGUUACUGUCGAAGAAGAUGGGAAGCCACCUGUCACUACAGUUUACGAAGUUCCUGUCGAAGAUAUGCUUAAGGAAACUUGUCUUUUACCGGUUGCUGAAGAAAAGACGUCUGAAGACGAAAUCACAGAACGGGUUACUGUAUCAGAAACUUUAACGCCUGAUGGCAAGGAAGUUAAAAUUACAAACAAGACACUUACAAAAAAAAGGGGCAAGAAGCAGCAAGUGACCGAAAUUAUUACCGUUGAAGAGAAAGGAAAAUCUCCUGUUACAACUGUUCACGAAGUAACAAAUGAAAGUGUGUUGGACGAAACAACUGGUCUCCUUCCUCUAACAGAGAACGAGACACCUGCAGAAAGUGAAAGGGUAAAGGAACAAGUGACUGUGGUGCAAGACACAAAGCCUGAAGGCAAAGAUGUGAAAAUGACAGAGAAGAAAGUGACGCACAAAAAAGGCAAAAAACAACAAGUUACUGAAAUUGUUACUCUCGAAGAAGAUGGGAAGCCACCUGUCACUACAGUUUACGAAGUUCCUGUCGAAGAUGUGCUUGAGGAGACUUGUCUUUUACCGGUUGCUGAAGAAAAGACGUCUGACGAUAUAAUCACGGAACAGGUUACUGUAUCAAAAACCUUAACGCCAGAUGGCAAGGACGUUAAAAUUACAAAGAAUACACUUACAAAAAAAAGGGGCAAGAAGCAGCAAGUGACCGAAAUUGUCACCGAUGAAGAAGAAGAAAAAUCUCCUGUUACGACUGUUCAUGAAGUACCAGAUGAAGUUGUGUUAAAUAAAUUAAGUGGUCUCCUUCCUGUAACAGAGGACGAGAAACCUGCAGAAAGUGAGGAGGUAAAGGAACAGGUGACUGUGGUGCAAGAAACAACGCCUGAAGGCAAAGACGUAAAAAUAACAGAGAAGAAAGUGACGCACAAAAAAGGCAAAAAACAACAAGUUACUGAAAUUGUCACUGUCGAAGAAGAUGGGAAGCCACCUGUCACUACUGUUUACGAAGUUCCUGUCGAAGAUAUGCUUGAGGAAACUUGUCUUUUACCGGUUGCUGAAGAAAAGACGUCUGAAGACGAAAUCACAGAACGGGUUACUGUAUCAGAAACUUUAACGCCUGAUGGCAAGGAAGUUAAAAUUACAAACAAGACACUUACAAAAAAAAGGGGCAAGAAGCAGCAAGUGACCGAAAUUGUUACCGUUGAAGAAGAAGGAAAAUCUUCUGUUACAACUGUUCACGAAGUAACAAAUGAAAGUGUGUUGGACGAAACAACUGGUCUCCUUCCUCUAACAGAGAACGAGACACCUGCAGAAAGUGAAAGGGUAAAGGAACAAGUGACUGUGGUGCAAGACACAAAGCCUGAAGGCAAAGAUGUGAAAAUGACAGAGAAGAAAGUGACGCACAAAAAAGGCAAAAAACAACAAGUUACUGAAAUUGUUACUCUCGAAGAAGAUGGGAAGCCACCUGUCACUACAGUUUACGAAGUUCCUGUCGAAGAUGUGCUUGAGGAGACUUGUCUUUUACCGGUUGCUGAAGAAAAGACGUCUGACGAUAUAAUCACGGAACAGGUUACUGUAUCAAAAACCUUAACGCCAGAUGGCAAGGACGUUAAAAUUACAAAGAAUACACUUACAAAAAAAAGGGGCAAGAAGCAGCAAGUGACCGAAAUUGUCACCGAUGAAGAAGAAGAAAAAUCUCCUGUUACGACUGUUCAUGAAGUACCAGAUGAAGUUGUGUUAAAUAAAUUAAGUGGUCUCCUUCCUGUAACAGAGGACGAGAAACCUGCAGAAAGUGAGGAGGUAAAGGAACAGGUGACUGUGGUGCAAGAAACAACGCCUGAAGGCAAAGACGUAAAAAUAACAGAGAAGAAAGUGACGCACAAAAAAGGCAAAAAACAACAAGUUACUGAAAUUGUCACUGUCGAAGAAGAUGGGAAGCCACCUGUCACUACUGUUUACGAAGUUCCUGUCGAAGAUAUGCUUGAGGAAACUUGUCUUUUACCGGUUGCUGAAGAAAAGACGUCUGAAGACGAAAUCACAGAACGGGUUACUGUAUCAGAAACUUUAACGCCUGAUGGCAAGGAAGUUAAAAUUACAAACAAGACACUUACAAAAAAAAGGGGCAAGAAGCAGCAAGUGACCGAAAUUAUUACCGUUGAAGAGAAAGGAAAAUCUCCUGUUACAACUGUUCACGAAGUAACAAAUGAAAGUGUGUUGGACGAAACAACUGGUCUCCUUCCUCUAACAGAGAACGAGACACCUGCAGAAAGUGAAAGGGUAAAGGAACAAGUGACUGUGGUGCAAGACACAAAGCCUGAAGGCAAAGAUGUGAAAAUGACAGAGAAGAAAGUGACGCACAAAAAAGGCAAAAAACAACAAGUUACUGAAAUUGUUACUCUCGAAGAAGAUGGGAAGCCACCUGUCACUACAGUUUACGAAGUUCCUGUCGAAGAUGUGCUUGAGGAGACUUGUCUUUUACCGGUUGCUGAAGAAAAGACGUCUGACGAUAUAAUCACGGAACAGGUUACUGUAUCAAAAACCUUAACGCCAGAUGGCAAGGACGUUAAAAUUACAAAGAAUACACUUACAAAAAAAAGGGGCAAGAAGCAGCAAGUGACCGAAAUUGUCACCGAUGAAGAAGAAGAAAAAUCUCCUGUUACGACUGUUCAUGAAGUACCAGAUGAAGUUGUGUUAAAUAAAUUAAGUGGUCUCCUUCCUGUAACAGAGGACGAGAAACCUGCAGAAAGUGAGGAGGUAAAGGAACAGGUGACUGUGGUGCAAGAAACAACGCCUGAAGGCAAAGACGUAAAAAUAACAGAGAAGAAAGUGACGCACAAAAAAGGCAAAAAACAACAAGUUACUGAAAUUGUCACUGUCGAAGAAGAUGGGAAGCCACCUGUCACUACUGUUUACGAAGUUCCUGUCGAAGAUAUGCUUGAGGAAACUUGUCUUUUACCGGUUGCUGAAGAAAAGACGUCUGAAGACGAAAUCACAGAACGGGUUACUGUAUCAGAAACUUUAACGCCUGAUGGCAAGGAAGUUAAAAUUACAAACAAGACACUUACAAAAAAAAGGGGCAAGAAGCAGCAAGUAACUGAAAUUGUUACAGUCGAAGAAGCAGGAAAAUCUCCUGUUACAACUGUUCAUGAAGUACCAGAUGAAGUUGUGUUGAAUGAAUUAAGUGGUCUCCUUGCUGUAACAGAGAACAAGACACCUGCAGAAAGUGAGGAGGUAAAGGAACAAGUGACUGUGGUGCAAGAAAGAACGCCUGAAGGCAAAGACAUGAAAACAACAGAGAAAAAGGUGACGCACAAAAAAGGCAAAAAACAACAAGUUACAGAAAUUGUCACUGUCAAACAAGAUGGGAAGCCACCUGUCACUACAGUUCAAGAAGUUCCUGUCGAAGACGUGCUUAAGGAGGCAACUUGUCUUUUACCGGUUGCUAAAGAAAAGACGUCUGAAGACGAAAUCACAAAACGAGUAACUGUAUCAGAAACAUUAACGCCCAAUGGCAAGAACGUUAAAAUUACAAAAAAGACGCUUUCGAGACAAGGGGGCAAGAAGCAGCAAGUGACUGAAAUUGUCACAGUCGAAGAAGAAGGAAAAUCUCCUGUUACGACUGUUUACGAAGUACCAGAAGAAGUUAGGUUUGACGAAACAACCGGUCUUCUUUCUGUAACAGAGUACGAGACACCUGCAGAAAGUGAGGAGGUGAAGGAACAAGUUACUGUGGUGCAAGAAACAACGCCUGAAGGCAAAGACGUGAAAACGACGAAGAAGAAAGUGACACACAAAAAAGGCAAAAAACAACAAGUUACUGAAAUUGUUACUGUCGAAGAAGAUGGGAAGCCACCUGUCACUCCAGUUCACGAAGUUACUGUGGAAGACAUGCUUGAGGAGACAACUUGUCUUUUACCGGUUGCUGGAGAAAAGCCAUCUGAAGACGUUAUUACGGAACACAUUACUGUAUCAGAAACUUCAGCGCCUCAUGGCAAAGACGUUAAAAUUACAAAGAAGACACUUACGAGAAAAAGGGGCAAGAAGCAGCAAGUGACCGAAAUUGUUACAGUUGAAGAAGAAGGAAAAUCUCCUGUUACGACUGUUCAUGAAGUACCAGAAGAAGUUUUGUUUGACGAAACAACUGGUCUCUUUCCUGUAACAGAGUACGAGACACCUGCAGAAAGUGAGGAGGUAAAGGAACAAGUGACUGUGGUCCAAGAAACAACGCCUGAAGGCAAAGACGUAAAAAGUACAGAAGAAGUUUUGUUUGACGAAACAACUGGUCUCUUUCCUGUAACAGAGUACGAGACACCUGCAGAAAGUGAGGAGGUAAAGGAACAAGUGACUGUGGUCCAAGAAACAACGCCCGAAGGCAAAGACAUAAAGACCACAAAGAGAAAAAUCACUCAUGAAAUGGGCAAGAAACAGGAAGUCACAGAAAUUGUUGCUGUCGAAGAAGAGGGAGCCCCACGUGUCACAACAGUUUUUGACUCUUCUGUCGAAGAAGGUAUUGUUGCGGAUACGAUUUCUUUUUCAACAGUAUCUGAGAAGAAUCUUUCUGAUGAUGAAGUCACAGAUCGUGUAACUGUUUCUCCAAUAUUAGGGGUAGUUUCUGAUGAGGUUCUUAGUAUUUCUCUAGCUUCUAUGUCUUCAAAUAUUUUAGAGUUUGAAGAUAUCGAUGAACAGGUUGAUUAUAACACCUCUGUGCCUAUGGGUUUGUCUGAAUGUUCUUACACACACGAUACUCAAGAUUCUGACAUGCUUGUGAAAGAAAUACCUUAUCCUUACACAAGGGCUAAUAGUGUAUUAUUAAAUCACACACUACAAUCUAUUAACGAGCCUGUGCUUGCACAAGUUGAGUCUGAUUGUCUUGGAGAUUCUGCUAUUUCGCCUGAAAUAGAAAUUUCGAAAGUAGAAGAAUCCAUUAGUAUUCAAUCAAAUGUGGUUGACACAAAGGCAAGUGAACAAGAAAUAAUUCAACAUGACGAGAAAAUGGAAGGUAUUUUAUCUAAUGACAAAUUAGAUACUAAUAAUGAAGGGCACAAAGAACAUUCCAAGAAACCUAAAAAAAAAGUCGCAUUUAAAAUAAAUAAUAAAACAGAAUCACCUAAAGAAGAAAAAGAAACUCAAAUUAAACAAGUUAAUGCUAAAACUAAAGUUGCCGCUCCAGAAGAAAUCGUUCCAUCUGAAGAAAAUUCUGAAGUACCUGUACAAUUGCCACUAUCGUUUUUAAAACCAAAUGAACAUGAUAUGAAAUCUGACCAUGAACCUGUUGCAAUUCCAAAAAAGAAAAAAAAACCAAUGAAAAAAAAAGCAGACUACGAAGAAUGGGUUGAACCAGAAUACACGGCUCCAGUACUUGAACCAAUGCCUGAAAAAAUUCAAUGGGAGCCAAGAAAGCCAAGAGAUAAAACAAAAAUACCUCCAGAAUUGCAAAAACUAGUUCCCAGUAAAAUUGAAAGAAAAGAAAUAAAAUCAACGCAACUUAAAUACACUGAGUCUUCAGAAAAAAUUCAAUUUGCCGAUAUAAAGUUAAAAAAGACCAAUACACCAACGAAAAAAGAAUCAACAAUUACGCAAGUUCCAAAAGUCAGAUUGAAAAGUCGAAUAACUUUUAUAUCCGAUUGGCCAGCGCCUUUGCAAACACCUGUAAUAACACUUAUAGAAGAUAAUCCAAUACAAAAUGGUAUAGUAUCUCGCAAUACAGAAGAAGCAGAACAAGUCCUGAAGAAAAAACUUAAAAUUAAAAAAAUUCCUGAAAAGGAAGUAACUGUUUUGGAAAAAUUAGACAAAGAAUUUGAAGACUUAAAGAAAGUUCCUCUAGAAAAAAUCGAGGAUAAAUCUGUCUACGAAAAACCAAAGAAAAUUCAAAAAGAUAAGGUUAUAGACAAGCCUAAAAAAUUAAAGAUAGGCAAAGGAAGUGUACCAGAAGAGAAAAUCCUUCAAGAUGAUGUGAAAUUAAAAAUAAUACCAAGCAAAGAAGAAAAAGAAGAGUUGGAAAAAGAUGAGAAACAAUCGAAGUCUGCUGCUGAUAAAGCAGCUUCAAAAAAACUCGACGAUACCCGACAAGAUAAAUCUUUGAAACUCGACGAGUUAAAACCUAUUGAUGACAGUGAGAUAAAUCUUGAUGUUUUCACACCGGAAAAUACUGAAACUGAUAAUAAACAGUCACCUGAUCGUCAGUCAGACAAAUACAAACGGCCAGACAAGAAAAAAAUCGAACAAGUUACUGAACAAACACAACUAAUAAAAGGAAAACCCAAACCAGAUUCACCUUUAAGUGACAGUGAAAUUAAAUUUAAAAUACCUCCUUCUGACAAAAUUGAUCAUACGCCAGAUCAAAUCCAAUUAAAACCUUGGUUGAAAGAAACAUUGACCGAUCAAGAGCACUUGGCAGGGGAUAAUAUAGAAUUACCAAAUGUAUUGCCCUUACCAUGUAAAGACCAAACAACUAAAACAAUGAGAAAACCAUCAUUAAAUGAAUUAUCCAUGACAGAACCUAAGCCAAACAAACAUACAGAUCAGCCAGCUAAUAUUACGGAAAUUAUGGAAUCAGAGAAAUCAGUAACUAAACUUCAAGAAAAUAAUAAUGAUCUACCGUUAAAAGGCCCAUUAAUGACAGAGGUUACUCAACCGAAGAAGUCUGUUAAGAAAAUUAAAAAUAAAAAACCAAUUACAAAAACAACUGACAUCGAAGAAUGGGUUGAACCAGAAUACACGGCUCCAGUACUUGAACCAAUGCCUGAAAAAAUUCAAUGGGAGCCAAGAAAGCCAAGAGAUAAAACAAAAAUACCUCCAGAAUUGCAAAAACUAGUUCCCAGUAAAAUUGAAAGAAAAGAAAUAAAAUCAACGCAACUUAAAUACACUGAGUCUUCAGAAAAAAUUCAAUUUGCCGAUAUAAAGUUAAAAAAGACCAAUACACCAACGAAAAAAGAAUCAACAAUUACGCAAGUUCCAAAAGUCAGAUUGAAAAGUCGAAUAACUUUUAUAUCCGAUUGGCCAGCGCCUUUGCAAACACCUGUAAUAACACUUAUAGAAGAUAAUCCAAUACAAAAUGGUAUAGUAUCUCGCAAUACAGAAGAAGCAGAACAAGUCCUGAAGAAAAAACUUAAAAUUAAAAAAAUUCCUGAAAAGGAAGUAACUGUUUUGGAAAAAUUAGACAAAGAAUUUGAAGACUUAAAGAAAGUUCCUCUAGAAAAAAUCGAGGAUAAAUCUGUCUACGAAAAACCAAAGAAAAUUCAAAAAGAUAAGGUUAUAGACAAGCCUAAAAAAUUAAAGAUAGGCAAAGGAAGUGUACCAGAAGAGAAAAUCCUUCAAGAUGAUGUGAAAUUAAAAAUAAUACCAAGCAAAGAAGAAAAAGAAGAGUUGGAAAAAGAUGAGAAACAAUCGAAGUCUGCUGCUGAUAAAGCAGCUUCAAAAAAACUCGACGAUACCCGACAAGAUAAAUCUUUGAAACUCGACGAGUUAAAACCUAUUGAUGACAGUGAGAUAAAUCUUGAUGUUUUCACACCGGAAAAUACUGAAACUGAUAAUAAACAGUCACCUGAUCGUCAGUCAGACAAAUACAAACGGCCAGACAAGAAAAAAAUAGAGCAAGAUAAGGAAAUAAUACCUAUUGUAAAAAGGGAGUCCAAAAUUGAGCCCUUCAAGAAUGAAGAUGAAGUAGGAUUUCGGAUUACAUCAAAAGAUAAGGAAGACAAAAAGAGAGAAAUGGUUGCGUUAAAACCUUGGAAUGAAGAUGACUCUGAUAAGGAGCCAGUCGUUGAAAAAUCUGAAGAAGAUAUUACGAUCAUUCAGCGUUCUGAUGUUGGUCCACAUGAAAAAGAUACAGAAGUUGUUUCUACAGAAAAAGAGCUUAAGAAAAAACCCAGAAAAAAAUCUAUUAAUGAGUCUGCUGAUGAACUAAAAGUUAAGAAACCUAGUGUAAUAUCCGCUGAAAAACCAGAAGACGUUCUAGAAGAAGUGCAGAUGUACAGAAAGCCUAAAAAGAAGCCAGUCGUUGAAGAAACUCAAGAAGAUAUUACUAUCACUCAGACUUCUGAUGUUAGUCCUCAAGAAAAAGAUAAGGAAGUUGUUUCUGCAGAAAUAGAGCUAAAGAAAAAACCGAGAAAAAAAUCUAUUAAAGAGUCUACUGAUAAUCUGACAGUUGAAAAACCAAGUUUCAUAGAAUCCGAGAAGAUUGAGGAAGUUAUAGACGAAGUGCAGAUCUACAAGAAGCCUAAAAAGAAGCCAGUUGUUGAAGAAAUUGAAGAAGAUACGACGAUCAUUCAACCUUCUGAUGUUGGUCCUCAAGAAAAAGAUACAGAGGUUGUUACUGCGGACAUCGAGCUAAAGAAAAAGCCGAGAAAAAAAUCUAUUAAAGAGUCUGGUGAUAAACUGACAGUUGAAGAACCAAGUUUCAUAGAAUCCGAGAAGAUUGAGGAAGUUGUAGAGGAAGUGCAGAUCUACAAAAAGCCUAAAAACAAGCCAGUUGUUGAAGAAAUUGAAGAAGAUACGACGACUAUUCAUCCUUCUGAUGUCGGUCCUCAAGAAAAAGAUACAGAGGUUGUUACAGCGGAAAUCGAGCUAAAGAAAAAACCGAGAAAAAAAUCUAUUAAAGAGUCUGCUGAUAAUCUGACAGUUGAAAAACCAAGUUUCAUAGAAUCCGAGAAGAUUGAGGAAGUCUUCGAGGAAGUGCAGAUCUACAAAAAGCCUAAAAAGAAGCCAGUUGUUGAAGAAAUUGAAGAAGAUACGACGAUCAUUCAACCUUCUGAUGUUGGUCCUCAAGAAAAAGAUACAGAGGUUGUUACUGCGGACAUCGAGCUAAAGAAAAAGCCGAGAAAAAAAUCUAUUAAAGAGUCUGGUGAUAAACUGACAGUUGAAGAACCAAGUUUCAUAGAAUCCGAGAAGAUUGAGGAAGAUGUAGAGGAAGUCCAGAUCUACAAAGAGCCUAAACAGAAGUCAGUUAUUGAAGAAACUCAAGAAGAUAUUACGAUCACUCAGCAGUCUAAUGUCGGCACACAAGAAGAUAUUGAAGAUGUUACUGCAGAAAUAAGUUUAAGGAAAAAAACAAAAAAGAAAUCGAUCGCAGAAUCUGCUGAUGAACUUACAGUUAAGAAACCUAGUGUAGUAUCCGCAGAGAAAUCUGAAGAUGCUGUAGAAGAAGUGCAGAUCUACAAAAAGCCUAAAAAGAAGCCAGUUUUUGAAGAAACUCAAGAAGAUAUUACGAUCACUCAGCCGUCUGAUGUCGGCCCACAAGAAGAUAUUAAAGAAGUUACUGCAGAAAUAAGUUUAAGGAAAAAAUCAAAAAAGAAAUCGAUCGCAGAAUCUGCUGAUGAACUAACAGCUAAGAAACCUAGUGUGGUAUCCGCAGAGAAACCUGAAGAUGUAGAAGAAGUACAGAUCUACAAAAAACCUAAAAAGAAGCCCGUCGUUGAAGAAACUCAAGAAGAUAUUACGAUCACUCAGCCGUCUGAUGUCGGUCCACAAGAAGAUAUUGAAGAUGUUACUGAAGAAAUAAGUUUAAGGAAAAAAUUUAACAAGAAAUCGAUUGCAGAAUCUGAUGAUACACUUACAGUUAAGAAAUCUAGUACGGCAUCCGCAGAGAACUCUGAAGAUGUAGAAGAAGUAAAGAUCUACAAAAAGCCUAAAAAGAAGCCAGUUGUUGAAGAAACUGUGGAUAAUGUUACCAUCCUACAACCUUCUGAUGUCAUGCUAGAAAAGAAAGAAUUUGAAGAUGUUACUGCAAAGAUAGCUGUGAAAAAGAAACCGAUGAAAAAAAUAAUUGAAGAGUCAGCAGCUGAGCUAACUGUAAAAAAACCUAGUUUAAACUUAACAGAGAAAGUUGAAAAUGAAACUUCAGAAGAAAUCAGCAGUACUAAGCCAUCUGAUGAUGUGCUAGAAGAAAAGCUAAAAGAUAACAUCACUGCUGAUAUAAGUUCUGAAAAUGAAAAAAUAUCUGAAUUCACUGAUGAAUCAGUUGUUAAAAAAAUGUAUAUGGAAGAUCUGGAUUUGUCUGAUGAUAUCCAUGAAUUCACGCUAUCUAGAAAACCACCAAGUUCACCACCAAAGCCUAUUGAAGAAGUUUAUGAAGAUGUAACAAUAAAAAAAUUACGUCCUCGAAAGAAGCUUCCAUCUGAUAUAAAAGAAGUUACUGAAACUGAAUCUGUGACGUUCAAGCCUCGUACUACGAAAACGAAAGAAGAUGUCGAACAAGAAUUUAAAAUUUCUUUAAAUACUUAUGAAGAAGAAGAUAUAUCUAUGAGUGGAAAAGUUAGGUUAAAACCUAAGAAAAAAAAACCAACAUAUUCGGAAGAGGCUGAUGAAGAAACGAUAAAAAUUGUUGAAGAGUAUGAUUCUAGUCCUACCACCACAGAAUACAUUUAUGAUUUGGAUAAGGAGCAGUAUAAUAUCCAAGAGUUAGAAACUGAUGAAUUUAAUUUACCACUUAAAUGCAAACAUCCUUUGAAAAAAAGUACAUCUUAUGCAGUAGAAGAAUCUUCAGAUGAUAUAAAAUUAAUCUUGAAAACUGAACGCAAAUAUUCUCGAGAAGAAACUGAUGAGUCAUUGGCAUUAAGGCUCAAGCCUACACAACGGGUUUCUACUUACAAAGAAGAAGAGGCAACUUUAAGCAUAACAAAAGAAGAAGAUGUUUGCGAAGAAGAUGUUGAAUAUGCAGUCCGUGAUGGAGAUACGAUGAUUUCUAUUUGUUCAUAUGUUGCUGAAACCGAAGAAGCAACAAAUUUGAUAGAAGGAGAAAAAGUGUAUAUAAUUGAACAUACCAACUCUGAUUGGUGGUUUGUUAAGAAACAUCUUACUCAAGAAAAGGGUUGGGUUCCCGCGCAAUAUCUUCUCGACGAAGCACAAUAUACAAUUUAUUUGCAAAGAAAACUUCAUGAAAAAAUUGAUAAAUUACCAGUUUUUGAAAAAGCUUCAUUAGGAGAACAAACGUUUGCCCCACGAUUCAUUGAAAAAUUGCAACCAAUUCAUACUCCUGAUGGAUAUACAGUGCAAUUUGAAUGUCAAGUUGAAGGUGUACCACGGCCACAAAUCACUUGGUUCCGUCAAACAGCUAUUAUUAAACCUUCUCCAGAUUUCCAAAUGUUUUAUGAUGAUGACAAUGUCGCAACUUUAAUUAUCAAAGAGGUUUUUCCAGAAGAUGCUGGAACGUUUACCUGUGUAGCAAAAAAUACGGCUGGAUUUGCAUCAAGUUCAACAGAAUUAACUGUAGAUAUACCUGGAUCCGAUCAUGCUUCUGAUAUAACGAUUCUUUCGAGAAAAAGUUUGUCAAGGGAAUCAUCACUAGCAGAUAUCUUAGAAGGAAUCCCCCCAACAUUUUCUCGGCAGCCAAAAGCAAAAUGUGUUAAAGAAGGAGACAAUGUUAUUCUUGAUUGCAGAUUAGUUGCAGUACCUGAACCAGAAAUCAUUUGGCUAUACGAUGACAAGAAAAUCAUGACGAAAGAAAAUAUUACUAUUGUUACAGAAAGCGAUAUGCAUAUGUACUGUAGUGUUAUAAAAAUUACCCAAGUAUCUAAAGAACAAGAAGGAAAAUAUACAAUCGUGGCAAAAAAUCGGGAGGGCGAGGCAUUAAUUGAAAUACCUCUUAAGGUUCAAACUGGAAACAGAGAACCACCUGAAAUAUUAGAACCAUUGAAACCAUUUUCUGUUAGAGAAGGAGAAACAGUUGUAUUAUCAACGCAAAUUGUCGGAAAUCCAAGUCCAUUAAUCAAAUGGCUAAAAGAUAGCAGACCUUUGGAAGACGUGACACCAAAAAUAGAUGGAAAUAUCAAUUCUCUCACUUUGAUUCAACCUAAAAUAUUGGAUUCAGGAGAAUAUGCUGUCGUGGCAACUAACGAAUUAGGAACUGCUGAAACCAAAGCUAUACUUACUGUCGAAAAGAUGCCCAGUGGUGCUCCAGAACCUCCAUUGUUUACUGAAAGAUUCCAAGAAUUGACUGUACCCGAGAAAGGAACGUUUAAACUUUGUGCUAAAGUCACCGGAAAUCCAGUGCCAGAAGUAACGUGGUUAAGAAACAACAAGCCACUGGGAAAAUCGGCGAACAUUACAGAAAGUUAUGAUGGUGAAUCUAUUACACUGGAAAUCAGAAAUGCUGACUCGGAAGUUGACGCGGGAGAUUAUAAAUGUGUUGCUGCAAACCCAGUUGGCAAGACGUCUCAUGGCGCAAAAGUCACUGUAGACGUCGAAAAAGUUAACUUUGUAAAGAAACUCGAUCGAAGAAAAACUAUUGACGAGUACACAACUUUAGAACUAGUUUGUGAAACCUCACAUACAGUGUCAACAACGUGGUGGCAUAAUGAUAACGAAAUAAGUGGAAUGGAUCACCGUGAAAUCGCACAAGAAGGAAAAGUUCACAAACUCGUCAUAAAACGCAUAAAUCAAAUUGAUGAAGGUACCUACAAGUGUACCGUUAAAAACCAAAAAACUUUUUGUGAUUUGACAGUUAAACCUUUGAAACCAGAGUUUACUAAAAAAUUGCAAGAUUUUGAAGUGGUCGAAAAAGAUGAAGCUAUUUUAGAAGUAGAAAUAACGUCUAAAACAGCUGAUGUAUCUUGGUUCAAAGAUGGUAUACCUCUAAGUCCAUCAGUUCAAAAAUUCGAGUUUAUUAAAGAAGGCACUAUUAGAAAGUUACUUAUACGAUCCACUUCUAUUCAAGAUGAAGGAGAGUAUAUGUGUACCUUAGUCGAUCAAACAUGCUCUGCUGAAGUAACAGUUGUUGAAUUGCCACCUGAAAUAAUCACAAAAAUUCAAAACAUCACAAUUGCAAGAGGUGAAAAGGCAGUCUUUGAAAUAGAACUUACGAAAGGUGACGCUCUUGUACGUUGGUUCAAAGAUGACCAAGAACUCCAAUUCUCGGAACACAUGCAGCUUUUAAUUGACGGUAAACGACAAAAGUUAGAAAUUCACAAUGCAAAGCUGGAUGAUGCUGGAACUUACUCUUGCAAGGUUGGAAAUCAAAUGUCAAGUGCAAAACUUACAGUUGAGGAGCCAGGAGUUGAAUUUAUAAAGCGCUUACCUGAAAUUACAUUAGUUCCACUGAAUAAAGUUGCAAUAUUUCAAAUAGAACUAUCUGAUCCAAUGAUUCCCGUUACAUGGCUAAGGAAAAAUCAAGAGAUACAUGAAUCACCAAAAUAUACAAUCAUCGACGAGGGCCAGAAAAAAAUACUAAAAAUCAACAAUUGUACAACAGAAGAUGCUCUGGAAUACAGUGUUAUCGCUACUAACGUUAAGUCCUCUUCUAAACUAAAAGUUGAAGUUCACGAAGCUGCACCUGUAAUAAGCACAGAUUCUCCGACAAUUUACAAGGUCAAGGUUGGUGAUGAUGUCGAAAUGAAAAUUCACUUUACGGCUGCACCAAAACCAAAUGAUGAAUGGACUGUUAAUGGUCGUAUAUUGGUAAAAUCGGAACGCAAAGUGCCUACAAUCGAUGAGGAAUCAGCUACGUUGACCAUUAAGAAAACAGGAAAAGACGACGUAGGAGAUUAUAACUUGAAACUUACAAAUAUUCACGGCGAUGCCGCGAUAAACAUUAAGCUGGUCAUCAUGCACGUACCCAGCGCUCCAAGUGCCCCAGAAGCCACAUACAUUACAAAUGAGAGCGUAACACUUGAAUGGAAUAAGCCGAGUUCCGAUGGAAAUUCGCCAAUCACUGAAUACAUUUUGGAGUAUCGACAAAAAGAAGCUACGACUUGGUCCAAGGUAUCGGAAAAAAUAACAGGAACCACAUAUACGAUAGACGAAAUGAAGAUAAACUCAGAAUACGUUUUCCGAACGAGAGCCGUCAAUGCUGUCGGACCAAGCAGCCCUUCACCUGAUUCAAGUACUAUCAAAAUUUCGCAGAAAAGUGGAGAACCCACAAGCGUACCUGGCGCCCCAAAAGGUCCUCUGGAAGUCUCAGGCAUGACCAAAACAUCAUUUACAAUCCAAUGGCAGCCACCUGAAAGUGAUGGAGGACUACCCAUUACCGAGUAUAUCGUGGAAAUCAAAGAGAGUUCGAAGAGUACUUGGAAGAAGUUAGCAACAACUAAGGGUGAUACCACACAUAUUUCUGUAUCAGAUUUGAAAACUGAAAAUUCAUACGAUUUCCGAAUAGUUGCGAAAAAUAAGAUAGGCACAGGUCCACCGUACGUAUCCGAAGAACCUAUUGUGGCAGGUAAAAGGCUGACACCACCGUCACCACCACUUAAUGUACAAGUGACGAAUGUCACCAGCAGAAGUGUGACACUUGAAUGGUCACCACCUGCAAGCGAUGGAGGAACUGAAAUUACAGGGUACAUCAUUGAAAAAAAGCCAUUAAUUGGCAAAGGAUCGAGAUGGACCAAAAUCGUCACUUUAGAUGCCACGACCACUACUUAUCUUGUCGAGAAUUUGAAGGAAAGCGAAUUCUUGUUCCGAGUUUUUGCCGAAAACAGCUUAGGCCUGAGCUUACCAACAUUGAGCGAGCCCGUUUUACUCAAAUCUCAUGCUGGCGUACCAUCACCACCGACGGCUCCCUUGGAGAUCCGACAAAUAGCCGGCAACACGAUAUCGAUCGGCUGGGGCAAACCAGAGUUUGACGGUGGAGCGCCACUCGAUGCCUACAAGAUUGCCAUCAGGGACACUAAAAAGACCAUGUGGAUGGAAGUUGGCCGCGUAAAGGCUGACGUGCAAAGACUGACCAUCCGUGAUCUACAAGAGAAUCACGAAUACCUGUUCAGGAUCUACGCAAAGAACGAGGUCGGCUUCAGCGAGCCCCUCGAGUCUGAUGAACCUGUUAAGAUUCUGCCGGCAUCAGAAUUAACAGUUAUAGAGCCACUUACGGACGAGCCGGACCAUGGAGAAGUUACCCUCAGCUUCAGCACAGAGAACACGAGCUCCUGGCUGCGUGAACACAACAUGGACGCAGACAUUCGCUCGUAUGCCAGGGCAAGGCUGUUGCGCAGGGACGAGUAUUUCUUCCGUAUAUGGCACUAUGCAAAAAAGCUCUUCGAGUAAAAAAAAAAAAAAAAAAUUUCGCAACGUAAGCAUUUCCAAAAGUACAGCGAGCUUUACGUAACUCGCUUACUGUACCUUUUUUUUUUUUUUUUUUU